CUGCUUCAAGACACACUGCAGGAGAUCGUCUUUGUCUUCCAAGCCACCACCGCCACAGCGACCUCCUCCUUCUUCCAGGGCGCCCCACCGCCAUCAUCACGGCGUUCAUCGGCCACAACCUGGGCAUGAGCCAGGGACAAAUCACGUGGAUCACGGCGUCGACGACGCUGACGGCCAGCGCGUUCCAGUUGGGUCGCGGGCAUGAGCUCGUUCAGCGGCCUUGCUCUGCUGGUGGCGUGGACGCAGGACCCGUUCUGGAUGGACGUCGUGUGCGGGAUCCUGGGGGUGAGUGCGGCCAUGGUGGUGCCGCCGGCGAUUGACAUCAUGGGCGCCGCGUAUGAGACGCCGAGCAAGAGGAAGAAUCUGGCGUUUUCGGCGUUCAGCGCGGGGAAUCCGCUGGGGUUCGUGUUUGGGAGUGUUGUGAGCGGAUUGGCGACGAUGGUGUUCAACUGGCGGGCGUCGUUUGUGCUGAUCACUACCCUGUGGGUGUUGUUUACGGUCCUGGCGGGCUUUACCGUGCCCAAGGUCGAGGCGUUUCCGGCUGAGCAGCCGUUUGGCGAGAGGGUGAGCAGGUUUGUGAAGGCAUUUGACUUUGUCGGGACGGCGUUGACCAUCUUGGGCACGGGCUUGUUGACGGCGGGUAUAACGAGAACGGCACACAUCAUUGCCAUCCUGGUGGUCAUCGGGGUGCUGCUGCUCGCGGUUUUUGCUUACUGGGAAACAUAUCCAUACCCCCUAAUGCCUCCUCAACUAUGGAGAGAUCGCAACUUCACGUUUGUACGUGUCUUUCUUCACAUGUGCCUGCUGCUACUCAGGAGGCCCUUCUGGCUCGCCUUCUUCAUGCAAGAACUCCAGAGGCUGUCGCCCAUCACUGCUGCAGUACAACUUCUCACACAGGCCAUCGCCGGCUUGAUCUACAAUGUCAUUGCUGGAUCAGUCCUGCACUGCAUCAACAACACGCUAGUGCUUGCGCUGGGUUCGAGCACCUACGUGGCGUCGAAUGCGCUCAUGGCCCUGAUGAGACCGGAUAGCCCGUACUGGGCCUUCAUUUUCCCAGCUCUGAUCCUGUCCGUUGUUGGAGCCGACUUUCAGUUCAAUGUCGCCAAUAUGUAUGUAAUGCAGUCGUUGCCAUCCCAUCAGCAAGCCCUGGCAGGAGGCAUCUUCAACACGCUGUUCUGGCUAGGGGCAGCCAUUGCGUUGGGGGCCACCACAGCUGUAUUCACGUCGGCCACUGGCACGCCCGAGGCCAUGGCAGACCCGAUGCUGCCGUACGCCAGGGCGUUCCAGGUUCCGAUUGGGCUGAGCGCAGGAAGUUUCUUGUUCUUGCCGUUUGUGAGGCUGGGCACGCAGGGACAUGCCCCGGGCAGCGCACCUGUUGGCGACUCCAAUCUUGAGGGCAAGGAGCUGGUCGCAUUUCCUGUUGUUUCCGUUGGAGAGAAGUAGCGGAUGGAUACUUAAUGUCAUGUGGCUCGGCAAAGGGAUGGAACCAUGCUUGCCCCAUGGUCGUCCAAUACCGGACAACACCCAAGCAAGUUCGACGAGCCCAUCAUUGACAACAAGUCUUGGCACGUCUGAUCGGGCUGAAGCAGGCUCGGACAUUUGAAAAAGCCAUGCAGCAGCGCCCAAGGCACCGGCAUGCUUCCCCACGGCCUUGAUCACGAGGGCAACAACCAGACCCAAUUGCCCCUGUCUCGGCUUCUCUCGGAUCCCCUUCCAAGACACCGAGCGGUUCUGAACAAGAAUGCGCCAGAGCCAACAAUGUUUGUCCCCAGACAUAGAGGCGUCCAAUGGCGUGCCUCCACCCACGCCAACCCUGCAAGUAUUAGUUGGGGUUUCGUCAAGAGUGACACAAGAUGGGGGGUUGGAUGCCUGGAUGGUGAUGGCCGUCGAGACAUAAGUACUGCUGG